UUAAACCUUGAAUUGAAGGCAAUUAAGGAACUUAUAAGGGGAGUGCUAAACAUAACAUCAGUCACCAAGUUUAUGAAAAUAUAUUCGGCUCGCUGUCCUCACCCAACGAAUAGGAGCUUCCGUAAUGUCGUUUUCUGUGCCGUGCCCACACACUCCUGCCUCCACACAUGGCUCAGCAUCCCUCUCCUCUCUAAUAUCCCCUCCUUCGUCUCCUCCUUUCUCCUCUCUCUCUCCCUCUCCAUCCAAGUCUUGCUCAGAGCAGUUGUUCAGCAGAGCAGCAUAACAUUGCACAGUGUGCAUUUGCCAUAGCAUGCGUCCGCAGCGGCGAUUUGUGGUUCAAUCCCAGACAGGGGCAGCGAAUCUGGUAGGAAGUCAGGGUGAGAGGGUGAGAGGGUGAGAGAGAGAGAGAGUCAUCUAUAGAUGCAGUGCUGAGUGGACAGCGACAACUCGACACUACUGACCAUCGCCCAGUCUGAACAGACAAGGACAAAGCAGUUACCCACCGGGCGACUCAACCUGCUCACAUUUCCACCAUCAUCUCCAUUACCGCCCUCCUGCAGGUGAUACAAAGAGUCGGAAGACAGAGAACAAGGGGAAAAGAGACAGCAGACAUCCUUGGAGGGAGGAGAGACCAGGUACUCUGAGCAAGGUUUGCAUCCUGGUGAAGACACAUUAAGACCUGCCCACCUCUCUGACAUCGUUCUAUCCCUUCCGACGGCUGUACAUGGAGACCGCAAGUUGGGCAGAAACUAAACCAGGUCUGUGCAAACCAGGAACCAUUGCUCUGUUUGGGAACGUGGUAUACAGUGGACUUCUCAACGAACACUUCUGGCAUUUUGGGGUCCCCCUCAUUACCAGACUGGGUAACCAAGAGGCUCCGGCUCCCCCCGAAGCGAUGGCUCAACCCUUUCCACCGGCCCAGUACCCUCAUCCACCACAGAAUGGGAUCCCUGCUGAAUACGCCCCAGCCCACGCUCACCCACCAGCUGACUUCACAGGACCAAACACGGUGGCGGAACAUGCCCUGACUCUGUACACGCCGACACACACGCAGAGCGAACAGCCCGGGAAUGACAGCAGUGCCCCCACCCUCACAGCCAACACGGUAACGUUUUGGUUGCUUAAAGAUGGUUUCUCAGGGGAAGCUGUGCGGAGAGAAUGUUCUCCUCGCCACAGUUACAAGCAGGCGGACGACAUUGCGCAGACAGACGCUUCCCAGCAUCUUCAUCUGCAGCCGAGUGACUCGUUAGAGAAACAGCAACCCAAAAGAUUACACGUCUCCAACAUACCAUUCCGUUUCCGGGACCCUGACCUUCGGCAAAUGUUUGGGCAAUUUGGCAAGAUUUUAGAUGUGGAGAUUAUUUUUAACGAGCGCGGCUCCAAGGGCUUCGGGUUUGUAACAUUUGAAACAACAGCGGAUGCCGACCACGCACGGGAGAAACUAAAUGGUACAAUCGUAGAAGGACGCAAAAUAGAGGUUAACAAUGCCACGGCAAGAGUAAUGACCAACAAAAAGGUGGCCAACCCCUACGCAAACGGUUGGAAGCUCAAUCCAGUGGUUGGAGCCGUGUAUGGUCCGGAAUUUUAUGCAGUCACAGGGUUUCCGUACCCCACCACAGGGGCAGCAGUGGCCUACAGAGGGGCCCAUUUGAGAGGGAGGGGGCGGGCCGUCUAUAACACAUUCCGUGCUGCGCCACCUCCCCCUCCCAUCCCCGCCUACGGCGCUGUGGUCUACCAGGACGGCUUUUACGGGGCGGAAAUCUAUGGCGGAUAUGCAGCUUACAGAUACGCCCAGCCGGCUGCUACUGCUGCAGCUGCGUACAGCGACAGCUAUGGCCGAGUCUAUGCAACAGCAGACCCAUAUCACCACACAAUCGGUCCUGCCGCCACGUACAGCGUGGGCACCAUGGCUAGCCUUUACAGAGGAGGGUGCAGUCGCUUCACUCCCUACUAGAAAGGAGGGAGCCACGCCCCCUUUCCUUCCCCAGCAAAACAAACACAAAUAAAAGUCCCGGCAAAUGAAAUCCCUUAGAACAAAAAAAACAGCAUCAUCUUCUCCAGGAACAAUAAACAUGCGAUGCUUCCAUUGCGGAGCUCAUGUCACUGAUGUGUGUUGAUAUGUGAAAGUCGGUAAGAAGGUACGAGUCUCCCAACUUGUCGACCGGUCAAAGGAGCUCCAUCCUUUGGAUGUUUUAAUUGCACUUCAUUCCUCCAAACCCGUUCCCCUUGGAUGCAAGCAGGAGUAACAAACCACCAGAUGGGAUUUACAUGAAUUAGAUGAACCACAGCAGCAUUUGGCCGAGCUCGGCGUCUGACUCGCUAUAUAAUAGGACUUCCAAUUAUUCAGCCCAAAGAAGGUGAAACGGCGACAAAAUGCUUAGCGUCAAGUGAUGCAUAAGAGAGGCGAGGCGAGGGCGCGGCGAGAGGAAUAGAGUGAUCUAUUACCGCAUCUGAAUGCAGCAGGAAGUGAUGUGUACAGAAAGCCGCUGGGAAAUGGCUAGCGAGCCAAUUGAUUGUUGGCGCAUUGCCAGAGUCAGGAGAUAUCGUAUUACUGCUGAACCGCUUUAAAGGGAAAAACACAUUAUCGUCCUCCCACACCCCACCCACACCCACCCACCCACCCCCCAUUGGGGAAAACCAGGGCGGGACUAUGGAUUCAAGAUGUCUGCACAGGUUGCAGUUUUCUUUCCAUCACAUUCCAACGUGUGUGGUUUGUACAAGUACCUUCAAGUACAUGCAUGAGUACACACAAAGUAAAUACGUAGAACGUCAACAUGAGCCAAUCGGAUUGGAUCUCUGUCUUGCAAAGAUGUCAUUCCAACAGUAGGUGGCAGUAUUGAACAAAAGCCACGCAUCAUAAAGUAUUCCUCAUUUUUUUGAUGAUGAUUUGGGUACGGUGGAAUACCGACUUCUCACAUGGUCGACGAAGCGAGGGAUGUCAUCAUGCGUCUCCUCAGUCAACCAACGCCGGGUAGCCAAGCCGUUCAUUCAUCGUAGAGCAGGGGUGUCCCAAAUGUCCAAAUGUGGGACUGCAAAAGGAAAAAGACCUCAAGGAGUAAGAUUCUGACAAAGAAAACAUUGAAUCGAGUUUAAAUGGGUGUAAGUCGCUACUUUCAACCCCGCGGCUUGUAGUACAGUAAACCUCGGAUAUAUCGGAUUCAAUUGUUCCCACUGGUUUCGUCCGAUAUAAGCGAAAUCCGUUAUAUGCGUAUACCGGAAAAUGUCCGUUUUACGCAUAUAUCGGAUUUAUAUCCGGUAUAUGCGUAAAUCAGAUUUUAUCCGUUAUAAAAAGGCACUUCCUUGACUAUGUUUCCAAUGUACCUGGACGCGCAGGCAACGCUGCAAACGCUGCAAAUGACGUCGUAUAGCGGCCUGUCACGAUUCGGCGAAUCGGAGCGCCACGAUGCGGCCAUCCGAUAUAUGCGAGGGAAAUUUAAUGGAAAUGCAUUGGAACGGGACUGGAGAUUUUGUCCGAAAUAGGCGAAAUCCGUUAUAAAAAAUCCGAUAUAUGCAAUGAAUUUUUAUUGGAAAUGCAUUACAGAAAAAUUGGUUCUUUUUUAUCUGUCCGUUGUGAGCGAAUUUCCGAUAUAUCCGAGUCCGAUAUAUCCGAGGUUUACUGUACAUUGGUUCAGCUAAUACGUAGUUAUUCUCUCAUCUCGUAUACUUGAUCAUUUAAACAGGUAUUUUGGAAAAUGCAUUACCAACAAAGUCCAUAAUGGCAAAAACCAUCUGCUAACAAACGCAACUUUACUAACCCUGAACCGGGCAUGCAUCUGCACAUAGACGUUUUGCAACAAGCACAGUUUCUACUGAAAUAAACACCGGAAUAAACACCGGAAUUUACAAUGUGCGAAUAAAGUUACAUUCAAAAACAAACGAGAAAUGGAAAAGAUUCAAGUUCAAAUAGGAGAAUAAAUUAUAUGUCAGUUUUAAAUAAAGUUAAAAAUAUUGACAAAACAGUAAAAUUGUAAAAAGAGCAAACAGUGAUGCUUUUUCGUCCAAGCUGACAAAGCUGAGAUGAAAUAAAAUGAAUAUAACGUAUAUUUAGCAUAUCUAGCAUAUCUACGGUACACGUAUUGCUUUACCAAAUAUCAAUAGGAAAACACUUGCUAGGUGUUUGGACCCCCCUGUUACCCAGUAUGUACAGUAUAUAUUAGUUACUAUGUCCAGUCUGUGUACGAGUGGCCUAAUUGUGGUCGAAGAAAGAAGAUGCCCUGUAGAUGUCGUCAUGAAAAAAAAGAAAAGCUCAAAAUGUGUUUAUUAUUGAAGUUGUUAUUUUUAAUCCGUACCAUGUAUCCCAUAACAACACGGGGUAGUAUCAACUAAUCCGCAUACACUUUUGCACAUGCUAACUCACCGUAAUCCCGAUUGUUUGCAGUCGCCCCUCGCUACAUUGCGCUUCGAGAUUCACGGCUUAAUUCUAUCGCGUUUUUUCCAAUAUAUAUGAAUGAAUAAGUCAUUCAUUCAUUUUCUACCGCUUAUUCUCAUGAGGGUAGAGUGGGGUGCUGGAGCCUAUCCCAGCUGUCUUCGGGUGAGAGGUGGGGUACACGGCGAGGUACACCCUGGACUGGUCGCCAGCCAAUCACAGGGCACAUAUAGACAAACAACCAUUCACACUCACAUUCAUACCUAUGGACAAUUAGGAG